UUGAUAGCGGACUAUUUGGACACAGAUCCCGACAACAAUCCAAACCGAAUAUCAACAGAGCAGUUCUUCAGGGUGUUGGGUAAAGACGGGUUGUUCGUCUUGCAGCAGAUGGGCUUGAAUCUUGGCGACAUACCAGCUAGCUAUCUCUGCAUCGCUAUGAGAAAUGUCGGAGAGCACUGGAUAGAAGAAAAUCAAGAUCACAACAUCAUAGUGGAUGAAAAACAGCCACUUAAAAAUUUUAAAUCUGUUUAG